CAGCGAUUGUUCCGAGAGAUUAAGCUAUGGCUGAAGCUUGAGCACGAAAAUAUCGUUCCUCUCUUGGGUGUUACAGAUGGAUUUGGUUCUUUCCCAGCACUCAUCUCUCCAUGGUUCCAACAUGGCACUUUGACCGGAUACCUUCAGCGUAAGCAUAAAAAGCUUUCUUACAAUGCCAAAUUUGUACUGGUUCGGUCGAUCAUUCAUCUCACCAUGUUCCACUCGCAGUCAGUCAUCCAUGGAGACUUAAGCGGUAAUAAUGUUCUUAUUGACAAGAAUGGAAAAGCAAGCCUCGCCGAUUUUGGUCUCUCUGCCCUUCUUCCUGAAAGAACGAGUCAGGCAUUAUUGCCCACCAAUCCCACGUGCACCGCGCCAUAUAUGGCGCCAGAAUACUUGAUAUUCGAUGAUGAAGGCAACGUGUCAAUGGUAUUCAGUCCAAAAAGCGAUGUGUACUCUUUUGGAGGGAUCAUGCUGCAGGUUUUGGAGGGCAAGAUCCCAUACCAUUAUGUUGCCAGAUAUGAAGCCAUAAUUAACUUCAUAUCGCGGGGAAUAAGACCCAGAAGGCCGCCUGCACCUGUGGUAGGUGACGUUGACUGGGAUUUCAUUCAGAGUUGUUGGUCACGGGAUAUGGACCAUCGACCCUCUGGCGAAGCCAUCCUAGAAUUUGUGGAAGGACGGGCUGUCCUGAAUUCGUCAUAG